AUGGCGCCCUCGUUCGAGCAGCUCGACCCUGAAACAGAAUAUGAAGACGAUGAGGAGAUCAACUUUGACGAUCUCAAGGAACAGUAUGAAACACACAUGGAGGAGGGCCUCGACACCUUCAUCGUGAUCGACGGCCUCCCAAAGGUCCCCGAGGCCAGCAAGGACAAGCUGGUGAAGUUCAUCCUCCGCUCACUCACCAAGCAUGGCAAGACCAAGGAGGAGAACGUGUACAUGCCCAUGGCCGAAGAUGGCAAGAUGUCCGAGGGCUUCGCAUUCGUCGAGUACGAGACACCAGCACAGGCGGCCGCCGCAGUCAAGGCGCUUCACGGACAGCCACUCGACAAGAAGCACACCAUGGCUGUCAACAAGCUCACUGACAUUGAGCGCUUCGGACGCGAGGGCAGAAUCGACGAGCAGUACAAGGCACCAGAGAUCCCAGCAUUCGAGGAGAAGGAGCACUUGAGAUGGUGGUUGGGCGAUGCAGAGGGCAGAGACCAGUUCGUCAUGUACCGUGGCGAUAACGUUGGUGUCUUCUGGAACGAGAAGGAUGGACAGCCGGAGCCGGUCGUGGACAGACAACACUGGACCGAGUCGUUUGUGCAGUGGUCGCCAAAGGGCACAUACCUCACAUCCAUGCACUCGCAGGGUGUGCAGCUCUGGGGAGGACCAAACUGGUCGAGGCAGAAGCGGUUUAUGCACCCGGGUGUCAACCUCGUCGACUUCUCCCCGGAUGAGCGCUACAUGACUACGUGGUCUCAUCGCCCCAUGACCAUCGAAGAGGGCAACCCCGUGCUCUCGGUUGAAGAGGAUGGCAAGAACUACAUCAUCUGGGAUGUUGCCACUAACAAGCCACUUCGUUCCUUCCAAACUCUCGACAUGCCAGGCCCAGCUACUGACCCAGACGGCAACCCGAUCAAGCAGAAGAUUCAGUGGCCAGCCUUCAAGUGGUCCGCCGACGCCAAGUACGUUGCACGCAUGACUCCGGGCCAGAGCGUCAGCGUGUACGAGCUGCCAAGCAUGAGACUCAUGGACAAGGUCAGCGUCAAGAUCGAGGGUAUUCAGGACUUCGAGUGGUGCCCUGCCACACCUCAACGCCACGAACAGAAGGAGUACGAGCAGCUUUUCUGCUACUGGACACCCGAGCUGGGCUCAAACCCAGCCAAGGUCGGUCUCAUGUCUAUCCCGUCAAAGGAGAUUGUGCGCACACGAAACCUGUUCAACGUCAGCGAUGCCAAGCUUCACUGGCAGUCCGACUCUGCCUUUGUUUGUGUCAAGGUCGACAGGCACAGCAAGUCGAAGAAGUCGCUCGCUACCAACCUUGAAAUCUUCCGAGUGCGAGAGAAGGGCGUCCCAGUCGAAGUCGUCGACAGCUUGAAGGAGACUGUCAUCAACUUUGCAUGGGAGCCAAAGGGUGAUCGAUUCGUUCUGAUCACUGCUGGUGAAGUGCCAGCUGGCUCGCAGGUAGCACCGAAGACUUCCGUGUCUUUCUUCUGCCCCGAGAAGGCCAAGAAUGCUGUUGGUAACUUCAAGCUCAUUCGUACUGUCGACAAGAAGAACAACAACGCCAUUCACUGGUCGCCAGCCGGACGAUUCGUCGUCGUCGCUACUGUACUCAACCAGCAGAGCUUCGACCUCGACUUCUGGGACUUUGACUUUGAGGGCGAGAAGGAGGAGAAGGAUAAGGACCUCACUGCCAACCUCCAGCUUAUGAACACUGCUGACCACUAUGGUGUCACUGACAUUGAGUGGGAUCCAUCUGGCCGCUACGUCGCUACCAGCGCCAGUGUGUGGAAGCACAGAAUGGAAAACGGCUAUCACCUCUACACCUUCUCCGGCCAAACCCUCCGCGAGGAACCCCUCGAGCAAUUCAAGCAAUUCACCUGGCGUCCCCGCCCCGACCGUCUCCUCUCCAAGGAAGAGAUGAAACAGAUCCGCAAGAACCUCCGCGACUACUCCCGCCAAUUCGACGAGGCUGAUAACGCCAAGCGCAGUAGUGCUGACAAGGCUGUUAUUGAGAACCGCCGUAGACUGUUGGAUGAGUGGCUUGCGUGGCGCGAGCGGACUGUGGAGGAGUUGGUGGAGGAGAGGAGGGAUUAUGGUUUGGAGGAGUUGAGUGAGGAGAGGAAGGCGCUCGUUGUGGAGGAGGAUGGCGAUGAGAGUAAGGUUGUUGAGGAGAUCUUUGAGGAGAUUUUGGAGGAGAGUGAGGAGAUCAUUGAGUAG